AUGAUUUCCAAACGAAAGAACAGUAACUGGCACGCUGAUCCUACUGGUGGCAGUCGGCCGAAACACAUUUGCGAUAUCUGCGGUAAGGAAUACAAGGACAAAUACAUUCUUGCGAAGCAUAGGAAAGUUCACACCGAACCGCAAUCUUUCGAGUGUGACAUAUGUGCCACCAUUUUUAACUCACCCGGUGCACGACGGCGGCAUAAAAUUAGAAAACAUACGUCGGAAAAAAAAUUCGUCUGUGACAUAUGCGGCUAUGCUUUCCAUACGAAAGAUCAGCUAACGGGGCACCUAAAGGUGCACAGCUCGGAACGCCCGCACCGGUGUUCGGUUUGUGGAAAAGGCUUUCUAGCUCCAUAUAUGCUCGCACGACAUAUGCUGACCCAUAGCAAUGAGCGAACGUUCAAAUGUGAUAUUUGCGGCAAAUCCUUCAAGUCAAAUGGUGGUUUCCAUAAUCACAGGAAAAUUCACUCUGACGAUCCGCCCUUCAAGAGUGAGAUAUGUGGUGCAACUUUCAACUCAUCUCGAGCACAGAAGAAUCACCGCACUUUAAAGCACGACACGACGGAAAAGAGUUUCGAACGUGACUUCCAUCACGACAGGGAACAUCACGACCACAUUUGUGAAAUCUGUGACCGAAAAUGCACCAGCAAAUUUACUCUCACUUGCCAUUUGAGAACUCACACCGGAGAGCGACCGUUCGAAUGUGACGUAUGUCAUAAAACUUUCGCCAGAAGCGAUAAACUUAGGAACCAUAAAAUCAAAAAUCACACGCAGGAAAAGAAUUUUAAAUGUCCAGAAUGUGAGAAAAAAUUUUACUUGAGAACACAGUUAACGCAGCAUCUGAAGAUACAUAAGCUCAAGCGUAACGUGGGUCGCUCACACAAGUGUCCGAUAUGCGAAAAAGUCUGUAAGUAUAAAUCUACGCUCGCUAAGCAUUUGAAGCGACACACAGAUGAACGAGGAUAUAUUUGCGACAUCUGCGGUGCAUCAUACAAGUCAUCUAGUGGUUUACACAUGCACAGGCAAAUUCACACAUCCGUUGAGCCGAAACCUUACGAAUGUGACCAGUGUAAUACUCGAUUCACUCAAAAGUAUAGUCUCAGUGUUCACAAAAAGACUCGCUGUCCGUUAAAUUCCAAUUCGGGAAUGCAUCAGAAGGAGCGCUUGGAUAGCGACAAAUCCAACGAACCGCUAUUCAACAACUCGUAUGCCGUUCCUAGCGGUGGCAGUCGGCCGAAACACAUUUGCGAUGUCUGCGGUCAUGGAUAUACGACCAAAACCUACCUUCGGAGGCACAGGAAAACUCACUCCGAAACGCAAUCUUUCGAAUGUGACAUAUGUGGUAAAGUUUGUAAGACCCCCUGUACACUGCGGCGCCAUAAGAUUAUAAAACACACGUCGGAAAAAAAGUUCGCGUGUAACGUAUGCGGUAAAGCUUUCCAGAUGAAUCGACAACUAACGGAUCACCUGCAGGUGCACAGCUCGGAACGCCCGCACCAGUGUCCGGAGUGUGGAAAAACGUUUCGGGCUCGACGUCUGCUCGCGCAGCAUACGCCGACACACAGCGAUGAGCGACCGUUUGAAUGCGACAUAUGCGGCGCCGGCUUUAAGUCACGCAACGUCCUACUGAAGCACCGGAAAACCCACACCAGUGUGUAUAUGUGCGACAUCUGCGGUGCAUCAUACAAAUCACAUUCUGGUUUAGACAGACACAGAAAAAUCCACACAUCCGUUGGGCCAAAACCUUACGAAUGUGAUCUGUGUAGUUCUCGAUUCUGGGAAAAGGGUAUUCUCAAUUCUCACAAAAAGAGACGCUGUCCAUCACGGCCUAAUCGUCCCAACGAAUCGUCUAUUUUGAAGACGAGGAACGAUGGCCGCUCCAGUCCGGUGGAAGAGGAUAAGUUAGGUCAGUACAAGUGCGACAUCUGUGGUGCAGCGCACAAGUCGCCGAGCGGCUUAGCGUUUCACAUUUACAGCAGUCACAACAUUCAUGAUGCUUCGGGCGAUCCGAAACCGUACAAAUGCGACCUGUGCAGUUCGCAAUUCGUUAAGCAGAGCAGCCUCAGUGCGCACAGGAAGAAACAUUUAAAGGAAAGGAAUGGCAACUGGCACGCUGAUCCUACUGGCCGGGAACAACGCAACGGAACUCACACCGGAAAGCGACCGUUCCAGUGUGACCUAUGUCACAAAAGUUACAACAGACGCGGAGAACUUAAUCUUCAUAGAAUCAAAAACCACACGCAGGAAAAGAAUGUUGAAUGUCCAGAAUGUGGUGGACGAGAGUAUAUGUGCGACAUCUGCGGUGCAUCAUACACGACAGAUUCUGGUUUAAGAUUUCACAGAAACAUGCACACAUACGUUGAACCAAAACCUUACAAAUGUGACCAGUGUAAUACUGGAUUCACUCAAAAGGGUAGUCUCAAUUUUCACAAACAGCACCGCUGUCCGUCAGGAUCCAUUUCUCAGAUAUACAAGGAAAACCUGGCUAGGCACAAAUUCCACUGUAGAGCUUGCGGUAAAGACUGCCGCACAAAGGAGCAGUUGGAGGAGCAUCGGAAAUCGGAGCACAGCCCGGAGCGUCCGCAUAAAUGCGAUAUUUGCGGAAAGGGUUUCACUUUCUACUCUUCGCUUGACAAACAUUCGCGCGACCACGCCAAUGAGCAGCAGCAGCAGCCGAAGGUGCCCAAAAAGCGAAAAACUAGCUCUAAAGUUGACACGCCUACGACGGCUACCAGCCACCCAUAA